AUGACGAUAAGCGUGGCGGAACGCCGUUUUUACAUACACCGUUACAAAACGCGAGUUCUCGGAACGACUAAAUUAGCGCUUCGAGUUGCUCCAGAUAUUUUUUAUAUGGAGAAAUCUGCUACUAAUAAUAGUGGAGGAGAAAAUUUGAAGAGACAAUAUGAGAAUAAGCAUACUGAUGAGGUUGUACUUCUGAAAGAGGAGAUAGCACGACAAAGAGUCGAGAAUCAAAAUUUGAAGAAUUUAGUUAAUCAGUUAGCCAACACAUGCGAAACCUCUGAAAGGGCGGAAAUUAAUAGAUUUCAACUCGAUCAAAAUAAAUCCGAAAAAGUCAACGAGGAAGAGGGAUUUAAAGACGUUUCAGACGACUCUGCUAAUGAAGAAAGACUAAAUCAGCAAAAGAGACCAUUAUUGGCUCCAAGGCAAGGAACUCUUAACUGUAUUUUGGUUAAUAUAAUUAGUGGUAUUUAA